GAAAGUCAUUUUACGAACAACUCACAAGAGAAACUUAGAAACAAACAUGUAUUCACGAUCAAACAGCCUGACACUGACAAUGUCGAAAGGUAAUUUAAACCAAGAGCAGUUUCCUAACAGAACAAUGCUCCGGAGCAGAGAGCCCGAAAUUUUCACUUUCGAGCGGAUUCCGGAUCAGACCCAGCAUACCAGCUCGUUUCUCCGGCCGCGGAAGAGGAACAUGAGGGUGAUGUACCCUGCCAAGGUCCGCAAGUACCUUCCCCCGGCGGAGAAGAGCCCAGCCAAGCGAUGGCUGCUGGCUCUGUGUCUGGUGGUGUUCCUGCAGAUCUACACCGAGGAGCCGUGUGUGGAGACAGCGGUCGCAACCGAAAGCCCCGCUGCCGAGGCUGCCUUUGAAGAGGCGCCUUUUACGCAGUACCAGGUGCUGGCUUUCCAGUCAGCGGAGGAGCAUAUUCGGCAACUGAAAGCCAACUGUCAACAUGAGAGCGAAAGCCAAUCUGAAAGUCUCCUGGUGAACACAACCUGUCCCUCGCAAGAGGCCGUGUUAAACCUCAAGCACGACCAGAGCACCAGGAAUGGCUACGUCGUUGCCCUCCUCUACCCGGCGGUGUACCACAGACUGGGCGGCGAGCAGUGAAGGAAACCAGAGCAACAAGGCCCAGCUAUGGGCACUGAAGACCGACCGGGACUUAUGUCGAGAAGGAGUGAGCGAGCUCUUCCGGGCGCUGCCGCGGAGACCAAGAAGCUCGCUCUCUGGGUGACUGUCUUUCACUGAGAAGACUCGUCCUCCUGGGCUACUUGAAGGACUGACUGACAGAUGAUCCUUGCCAUGGACUAAAACUUGAAUAGAUGAAACAUAAACACUUGAAUUGACUUUGUUUUUUUGUUACAAAUGUACUGUAGAACAAGAAGUUAACCGCACUAGUAGGCUAGGAGCUGAAGACUUGACAUUAGACUAGAAAAACUUUGAACAAACACUACUUGUUAAAACAUAGGUUUACUACUUGACAUUGAUACAAAUGUUUAGUUUGUCAAAUGAAGAAUAUCAUAUUUAGUUAUUUAUUUUAUUUGCUAUUUAUUUAUUGUGUUCUAAAAACUGUUAUUUUAUUAAAUAAAUAUAUGUACAUAUGUAAAAGAA